UCCGAGCUCGAACUCGAAGACUUUCUACCUCCGGAUGACAAGCGAAAACAGGAAACAGAAUACGCCAAAGCACAAGAAUGGGAUCAAUUAAGAAGGAUUAUGAAGAGUUUGGGGACCAACGUCUUCACUGGCUUCCAAGAGGCCCCCAUCAACUUCCCCCCUACUUUCAAGUACGACGUCCUCCGUACUCUAAAGGGAAGCAAGCGCGUGAGAAAGGACGCCAGGAUGAGAGGAAAAAUACUGUCUGAAGUUGAGGAAGUUACACAUCACGAAGCCGAGUCAUCAACGAUGGAUAUUACUCUCAAGGAAAAUACAUCAGCAAUUGCGGAAGAUGAUGACAGUUCUUCUACCAGUUCCGCGUCCAUUUCGAUUCAAUCCAGAAGUGCGGUAGAUAACGAUGAUGAAGCAUCGUUAAAUGGUAGUGAUGCUGGAGCGAAGAAUGGAGGAUCGAAUACCACGCCAUACCCAGACUUGGAGAGGACCGCAAAGCAUGCCGUUCAUGUCGCCAGAAGGAGGUGGUGGACGGUGUUCCGAUCCACUGUCAGCCUACCAACGCCAGAGCAGCUUUCUUCCAAGAAGGCGGCACAUAAAGCGAAGUCUCCGUCGAUCGGCAGCAAGUCUGGUUCUAUUGGUCCUGCGUCGGCCCAGGAAAAGGUGCUGAUUACCCCAGUACAAGCAGGGAAUCCUACGACGACCUCGGUUUUCACCAAGUCUGACUUGACGUUGGAUAAUAAAGCCUUAAAACUACCGCAACCGCCUGCUAAUGUCCGAGCUAGUACCUCACUCGAUAUUCCACUUAGGCCUUCGAACGAUGGCCCGUCUUCUGUCAUGAUGACGAGAUCCAUAACUUCAAAGACUUCGAGUAGCGCACCAGGAAUUUCAAGGGCACUGAUAGGAGAGGCUUCAGUGGAUGUUGAGGAUAAAGGUGUCUAUGACACAUCCAGUAAACGACGUGUUCCUAGCUGGUGUGACCGAAUCCUAUACAAAUCCACAAUAACUCUUCCCCUAAGUCCUGCUUUGGAGACACCUACUGUGGAACUAGGGUUAACCACAAUUCCUGUCGAGUCUCCUCCUGUGUCCCGGCGCAAUACUCCCAAGAUAGGAACGUUCUUCCACGCACUCAAAUCGAAAAAGCGGUCCAGCACUGGUCAAUCGUCAUCGACUCAGAUAGUUAACAGCCCUUCCACUACGAGCAAGCAAACUACAAUGAGCACUAAUAUUGAAUCCACGAACCCUAAUGAACCUACUGGUAUGUCAACAGCCAACAUCCCUGCCCUAGCCAGACUUGCCAAUGAAGCGGGUGAAGCGGAAUCUCCAACGUCUAUCCCUACCACACCUCAGCCUUAUCAAGCAACAGACAAAAUGUCACGUAGGAUUACCUCACCUAUCAUGGCUCGGAACGAUUCGAGUGCAUCAACUGCUGUUCGUGCAACUCACAAUCGAAGGAGGUCAUUAAGCGCUACUAUUCCUCGCCCGAAUGAACCAAUCGAGCUGAUUGGACGGCCAUUACCUGCUUCUGCGUCCACACCGCCGGUACUACCCCUAGCCUUCUCAGAUGGACCACCCUCCGCAAAUGACGCCACUCUGAACAAGGAUGGAUCGUUACCAAGUGGUGGAAGCUUUAGAGGUCUAAGGAGAUUUCUAAGUUUCCUUCCUGGAUCUUUUAGCGCUGCUCCCACUCCUCCAGCUUCUGCAGCACCGCCAACCGAGGAACCUCUUGCGGUGCACGGACCUCCCCUCAAGAUUUUCAGGAAGGGAGAGAUACGAUACUUGGAAUAUAAUACGCUUUCUGAUAAGGAAAUGAGGCAGCUAGAGGGCAGAAUAACAGGGACCACCAGUGGUUUGAAUUCGGGCGGCAAAUCUGGCGGUAGCUCCCCGAAUAUCCCUGCCAUCGUUGGUGGCGUUGUUGGCGGGACACUGGGUCUGAUUGCAAUAAUUGCCCUGGUUUGGUACCUCCUCUGGAGGAGAGAGCAGAUGAAGGAUCUCUUCGACGAUGAUGAAGAUGAAGAUACUUCGCACGGCUUGAAGCCACGAGGCGUCAUGAUGAGAGACGGGAGGAGAGGCCGACGCAGCCUCAACCUGGACGACGAAGUGAAGUCUGAAACCAAUCACCCUUACCAAUAUGGUAUGGUAGGCAGUAUUUCACCGAGCCCUAAACCCGGAAUGCACAGCCAGCAAUCCUCCCUUGGAUAUCAACACCGACGAAGCGGCUCGAGAGAUGCUCUCAUGCGAAGUGGCGCUCCAUCUCCUCCCUCAGUAUCUCCCAAUCGGCUGAGUGCACACUUGCCGAGCACUGGAAGUCAGGGGCGAGCUUCAUACAACAGCAACAUGCGACCUGACUCCGUCAUGAUGGCCCAGCCAAUGAACCCUCAUCAGCAAUGGACUAGUGAAGAUACUCCCUGGACCCAGCCUCCUCGCCCAUCGUCAUCACUACUCGAAGCUCCUAAUGUAUACCCUCCUGGUCACAACGGAUUCUAUCAACAGUACGGGCCAAUGGAAUCCAUUCCAUCACAGACGCAGGUGAAUCUUGGACAAGCAAAUAAUGCCCAACCAGCUAUUGCCCACCAGGCAUUGUAUGAGGCAGCCGGCUUGGGCACUGCGUCGCCACCUACAAGUUCGUCAGUCCCAGUGACCGCAUUACCUCCUCCUGGUGCUGGUGGAGCACGCCCUUUCACCGAAUGGAGAGCUAGUGAUAUACAGUCGGCGGUGAUGGCUGGUGCAGAUCGAGCAGCAGCCAGUGUCAGCCCACCACCAAACACCAGUGGCUCUGAAAAUGUAGGAUUUGGCAGACAACGUGUCGAGAAAAGUCCUCGAGCUGAAAGGGUCACAUCUCCGGUGGUACAACAUCAAGAUGCAGGGAGAGUCCCAGAUACUCAAAGCAACCCAACAGCCUCUAAUGCCAAUGCGAAUAGCGAUGCUCCUCCGGCAUAUUCUCAAUCAUAA